GCUUCCCUAGCUACCAAUUAAUCAGCUUCUUCUCUUUGAACUUCUAGUCAACAACUUCUAUAGUAAAAACAUCAUUGUUAUUUUCGGUUUUGGUUAAUUAUGCACUUCAUCAUCAACUUGAAGUUCAACAACUCUGCUCGCGCGAGGGAGAUGAAUCCAUGGCAACUUGCGGAAUGAGGAGGAUAAAGCUGGGAAGUCAAGGCCUUGAGGUAUCGGCGCAAGGCUUUGGUUGCGCUCACUACGGUCCUUCAAAGCCGGAAACUGACGACAUUGCUCUCCUCCAUCACGCUAAUAUCUCCGGUCCUCACACCAAUGAAUUGCUCCUCGCCAAGGCUUUGAAGGAUGGUAUGAGGGAGAAAGUAGUGCUUGCUACCAAAUUUGGAUGCAUUUUGGUUAAGGGAAAGAGAGAUGUUAGAGGAGAUCCUGAGUAUGUUAGAGCUGCGUGUGAGGCUAGUUUAAAGCGGCUAGAUGUUUCCUGCAUUGAUCUUUAUUAUCAACAUCGGGUCGAUGCGCGCGUCCCUAUUGAAAUCACCUAGAUUGGAGGCGAUGAUAUUCGCUUGCGUCACUUUAAGUGAACAUUGGAGCUUUAUCAGUGAAACUCACUCCAGAAGAGAUUUCUGAGCUCGAGACCAUUUCCCAACCAGAGUCUGUGAAAGGAGAAAGAUACAUGGCCACAGUGCCAACCUUCAAGAACUCCGACACACCACCGUUGUGUUCUUGGAAUGCUGUGUAAAACUGUUUGUGAGUUUCUCUGGCCAAACCUAUGGUUUUAAGAGUUUAAGGUGGCUCUAGCCAAAGGAUGAUUUAUGACUUUAUGUAUAGAAUACAUUAUUUUCUACCCAUCUUAUACACUGUGAGUCUGUGACCA